AUGGCGAAAAGCUUGUAUCUGUGGUUUGGCCUGGCGGUGGUUUGCGCAUGGCUCUCCCUGUCCACGGCUAGGGAGAUAGGGGAAAUGGACCUGGCGGUGGCGGCUACUCAUCAUCACGGCCACCAUCACGAGGAAGGAGGUGGCCACGAUCACCAUAGCCACCACGAGGACGACCACGGCGAGAAAGGCGAGAAGGGCUACAAACACCAUCAUCACCACGACAAAGGUGACCACGGUCAUUACGGAAAGGAGCACGACGAGGGUCAUCACGAGGAACACGGUGGCCACAAGAAGGGCCACCAUGACGAGCACGAGGAGCACGGCCACCACCACGAACACGAGAAGGGCCACAAGGGCGAGAAGCACGGCCACAAGAAGGGCCACAAGAAGGGCGAGAAGACCCAUGGUUACCACCACAAAGCACACAAGGACGAAUUCCAUAAGGAACACAAGUUCUACGACGACUACCACAAAGGUGGACAUCACGAGAAACACGGCAGCCAUCAUGGACACCAUGAGAGCAAGGACGGACAUCACAAGAAGGGCGGUCAUCAUCAUUCCGGUCAUCACCAUGAUCAUCACGGAAAGAAGGGGCACUUCGACAAGGGACACUAUGACGAAGAUCACAAGGGCUAUCACGGGAAACACGGACACGACGACCAUCACUCGCACUAUGAGGAUUAUGGGAAGAAGGGAGAGCACCAUGAAGGAAAGAAACAUGGUUAUUCGAGCGGAGGUGGCGGUGGCGGUGGCGGUGGUGGCGGCCAUGGCGGCCAUCAUCAUCACUGA